AUGACAAGAAAGUAUAUUCCGAAACUUUUGGACAUUUCCAAUGAGCAGCAUCUUCGUCUCGGAAUUCAUAUCAAGACCAGUUUCUGCAUCAUCUCGGCUCUCUUCGUACUUAACGGCAAAAUCCUUCUCUACAACUUAACCAUUUGCCAACUUGGACUAUGUGCUUUUUGCCACGGAUCCAUACGCGAAGCUCAUCAAGGACUUUCCAGGAUUCAAAACACUCACCGUGCCAAAGAAUUGCUCGCUCAAGCUGUUGGAACACGUCAACACGAAAACACUGCCGAACAAGAGGAGAUCGAACGUUCCCGCCAGGUUCCUUAUCACAUGCACAUCGAUGUCGAACUUAUGGAAUGUGUCUUUUUGAUUUGUUCAAUGCUUUUUGAGAUUCCACACAUGCCCAGCUUGACCGGACAACCAGAAAACACUUGUGAACAUGUCGUUACUGCAUUAAAAACCAUGCUCAAGGAGACUGGAGGAAGUGUAAGAAAGGAAUCACUUCGCACAUACCUUCUCACCUACUUGACCGUUUAUGCUACAGGUUUACUCAAGAGGUUUGCUUCGUUGUUCGAGCUUUUGAAGAAAGAUGUGCACAGCAUUAUCAGUAAGAUGAUCCUCCAAAAUGAAUUGACAGCCACACCCGACGAGCCAACUAACUCCCUUACUAUUGGACCAACUCGUCUUUGA